ACAUGUUUGGUGCUAAAAGUGUUGACAAUGACAGUUAUUAUAACAGUGGUGUUAAUAUUUGUUGGAUUUGUGUUCCUGGUCCUACUUCAUGUUUGUUUUUCCGAGAGAGCUAGGAGAGGAUCAAUGGUUGAGAGGAGAGCAAAUGGGGGAAGAAGCAUGUCUAUAGAUGACUUGGAGAAGCUUCCAUGUUAUGAUUAUGUUGACAAUUCCAAAGGCAACAACACAAGCAGCCCUGUGGAUUGUGCAGUUUGCUUGGAGAACCUAAUCACAGGAGAUAAGUGCAGAUUCUUACCUGUGUGCAAGCAUAGUUUUCAUGCCCAAUGUGUGGACGCAUGGCUUCUAAAGACACCCAUUUGUCCAACUUGCAGGUGUAAUGCUCAUUCUCAUAGUGGAAACCAAGUUGUAGGUAACAACAAUGACUACUCUGUUGCACCAAAUAGUGGGUCUAGGGAGAGCCAAAGUCAGCAACAUGACAAUAUGGUUUUGGUGCAGUUGAGAGAAAGCCAAGAAAAUGUUCCAUCCAGAAAUGUUGACAGAGAAAAUCCAACAUUAGGAAGUCACAACUUGGUCAGAGAGGAGUAGAAUCAAGAGAGCACCUAGUAGAUUCAAUUGGAAAUCAGAUAUCAGCUACCACUUUGCUUCAAGCUGCAGAAAUUUGCAGCUUUGUGAGAGGUCAAAAUGAGUAUUGUUGAGAUAUUUGAAGAAUGAUGAACGAUGAGUCUUCUAGUGUUAUCAUAGUUAUAUAUUAUGCUGUUUUGCUCCAUUUGGUUGUUUUUUUUUUCGUUCUCUUUUUAAUCUUUCAAGCACAAGCAUCUCGUUGAUUGCACGGUAGAUUAUUGAAUUGUUAACUGAAGUAAAACUUCCUUGAUCUCUGGUAAAAAUAAUUUUGGUUCCUACU